AUGUCAAGUCUCUUUGACCAAGAUGCAAAGGGCUACUUCUUCGAUAUGGAGUGCCCCGAGCUCACUGGCAGCGAAUCUUCGGAAAGCCCGACCAAUUCUUGCUUCACCAAUGGAUGCUCCGUCUCACCACCCUCCCCAUGCCAGGAUGCAAAGGAUCUGACGCUGAGUGGUCAUGGUGUGACCACGUACUCACCUGUAUCCGACCCGUCGCCAUUGUCAAACUUCGGUGAAAACUGUUUCGAUGUUGCUCCGUCCUGGUCCGAACAGCCUGCUGUCCUCUCAGGUCACACAGCAACGCAGUAUGCCUCGGGCAUUUGGUCACGCUCCCAGUACACCUCAGCUCAGUCACUCUUCGACACUACUGGCCGUGUCCCAGCCAUGCCCGUCCAACCUCGAUCUGAUGUGGUGUUUGAACCUUCGGCAUUCCAGGACAUGUUUCCCAUGGCUUUGCCGGACCUUCCCACGACCAUCGCGCCACAGCUUGAGCAGAACAUGCCUGCCGGCUUCGUAGGCUACGGAGCGGACGGACUGGUUGUUCCUGGACAUCUCUUCAACACCGCACUGGACAAGUUCGCUUUCGCAGAGCCAAGUCCUGUGCUCCUGUCCACACAGGUUAUCACUGACGAUGGCCUUGCGCUUGCAGCCCUCUCCUGUACUAAUGACUUCAAAAUGCCCUCUGAGCCAGCUGAGCAGGCAAGCAGAUACGUGCCCGAGAUAAGCCGCAACACCAGAGAUGAAUACCUCCAGGAAUCCCGUCGACGUGGUCUGUCCUACAAGGAGAUCAAGCGUCGCGGUGGCUUCACCGAAGCAGAGUCCACCCUGCGCGGUCGCAUCCGUAUCUUGUCCAAACCCAAGGAGAUGCGUGUCAGGAAACCGCAGUGGAAUCGCUCAGACAUCCUGCUCCUCGUAAACGCAGUCGAGCAUUUCUCCGAAUCAGCACAGGGACCAUCGUCCCGCAAGACGAACUUGCGUCAGCGAAGCAACGGAGGCAAGCUGCCAUGGAAGAAAGUCGCCGAGUGGAUGUUCUCACACGGUGCCUCCUACCCCUUCGCCGGUGCGACCUGUGCCAAGAAGUGGGAGCAGAUGCGUGAGGAGCCAUUCGGUCCUGAUGAGCAGUGA